ACUGAUCUCGCAGCAGGAGCAUCUUCUUAUGAAAGCACACGGUGGUUUCUCUCUAUUGGACAAGUACAUACAGAUGCAAUCCCACACCAACACUCACAAAGGGAGUACCAAUACACAGAUGAAAAGAGGAAUCCUUGAAGUACUUCUUGUUCAUGCUAAAGGCAUGAAACACACAAAUCUCAUCGGUCCACCAAUCUAUCAUGUCAUCAUACAAUGUGGAUCUCUCGUGCACAAAAGCAAAGCAUCAUCAGGCAAAGAUGAAAAAACAUGGUGGAAUGAGAAAUUCAGUUUUGACUUCCCAUUAACUGAUUGGAAACAGUUGACCCAUCUAAAAUUCAGAAUCAUGGACCAGGAAUUCUUCACUGAUGGUGGAUUUGUCGGUGAAACCAUAAUUUACCUUGGAGGAAUAAUAGAUGAGGGGAUUAACAGAGGAAUUCUAGAAAUGAUGCCAGCUCCAUAUAAUGUGUUGCUUGAAGAUGACACCUACAAAGGAGAGAUAAAGAUUGGACUCAAAUUCGUUGCCAACACAGAAGUGCUCCCAGAGAGGACAUUCCUUGCACAGGUGAAUGAACCAAGACAACUGAUAUGCCGAUCCAUUAUAAAUCUCUGGAAAUUCUCAUGGUGGAAGUUGUGGCUUUAUCAUAGUCAGAGGAGUACUAAAAAUAAGACAGGGGAGGAAUAAGAUGGAUCAUAAUCCUGAAUUGUCGUCCUAGGAAUAACUUGGUUGCGAAACGAGUAAGAUGAAUUGAAACUGUGGGAUUUGGAUCAUAUUUCGGUUAUCAAUUUGGGAAAUGUUUCCCUGCUUGAAAUUCAUUUCGAAAAUUAUCAGAUUCUGUUCCUCAUUGUAG